GAUGGCUUCAUUACCAGAAGAGCCAAUUGCCAUCAUCGGCUCAGCCUGCCGCUUCCCCGGCGGCUGCAGCUCGCCCUCAAAGCUAUGGGAGCUCCUUCGCGAGCCCCACGAUGUACGGAAGCAGUUCGACCCAAAGCGUCUAAACCUUGAACGGUUCCAUAACGUUGACGGACAGACGCACGGGUCUACCGACGUCCGAGGCCUGUCCUAUCUCCUAGAGGAAGACAGCCGUAUCUUCGACGCGGGCUUCUCCUCGAGGGGGUCUCAGACAUCGGUCCACGUCGGGUCCAUGAGCAACGACUACGGCGUCAUCCAGGCGCGCGACCCGGAGACGAUGCCCAAAUACAACGCGACGGGCGCCCACGCGCCCAGUAUCAUCGCCAACCGCGUCUCAUACGUGCUGGACCUCAAGGGUCCCUCCGUGACCAUUGACACGGCAUGCUCGAGCUCGCUCGUCGCCCUGCACCAGGCCGUUCAGGGGUUACGCGCGGGUGACUGUGAUGCCGCCAUCGUCGGCGGUACGAACCUCAUCAUGGACCCCGGACCGUACAUCGCCGAGUCAAAGCUGCAAAUGCUCUCGCCGGACUCGCAGUGCCGCAUGUGGGAUGCUAGCGCCAACGGCUACGGCCGUGGCGAGGGCGUCGCUGCGCUACUGCUCAAGCCGCUCGCGAAAGCGCUGGCCGACGGCGAUCCUGUUCAGGGGGUUGUUCGUGCGACGGGCAUCAACUCGGAUGGUCAGAGUCCCGGGAUCACGAUGCCGUUUGCGCCGGCACAGACUGAUUUGAUCCGGCGUACGUACCGCCGGGCGGGGCUUGAUCCGCUCCGUGAGGCGGAUCGGCCGCAGUACUUUGAGUGUCACGGCACAGGCACGCAGGCUGGUGACCCCGUCGAGGCCCGCGCCGUGUACGACGUCUUCUUCGGGGGUCAGGAGCAAGAAAGCCAGGACCAAGCGGAAAAGCCCGAGAAAACGAAGCCUGAGACGUUGAUCGUGGGAAGUAUCAAGACUAUCAUCGGCCACACGGAGGGCUGUGCCGGGCUGGCGGGCGUGAUCAAGGUGCUGCUCAUGCUCAAGCACCAAACUGUACCACCCAACAUGCUCUUCAACCAGCUCAACCCCAAGAUCGCCCCAUAUUACGGCCCUGGCGCGCUCAAGAUCGUCAACAAGAUCAUGGCGUGGCCGGCGAGGCCCGCUGGCACUCCAAUGCGCGCGUCGGUCAACAGCUUUGGGUUCGGAGGCACCAAUGCCCACGCCAUCAUUGAAGCUUUGCCAGGGGUAGCAGAGGUGCUGGAAGAGAGACAGCAGCUGUCCGAUGGGGCUGUCGGUCCUUUGCUCUUUUCCGCACAGUCUGGACCGGCACUGUUGCGCAAUGUACAGGCGUACCUGGAGUACGUCGAGACGCACGCCAACUCGCUAGAUCUCAGAGACCUUAGUCGCAUCCUGCAGACACAUCGGUCGACGCACCGCGUGCGGUCAUUCUUCACCGGCGGGACCAGGCAGGACGUCUUAGAUGCCAUGGGUUGGUUCGUGAUGAGCCACGCCGGCGAGGCCAAAAACGGUGAUAUCGGCACCGUCCCGCGCCUCAUCAACCCAGCCGAAGCCCCAGGCAUCCCCGGCGUCUUCACAGGUCAAGGCGCGCAGUGGGCGACCAUGGGUCGCGGGCUCAUGGCCGUAUCUCCGCUCUUCCGGCGCAGUCUUGAAGCUUGCGAUGCAGUCCUACAACAUGGCUUGCCAGCGGGCCACGGACACGCGCCGAGUUGGUCUCUCAUCGACGAGCUGUCCAAGGAGGCGGACACAUCACGCCUAGGUGAGGCCGAGCUGGCGCAGCCGCUCUGCACUGCCUUACAGAUCGCGCAGGUAGACAUCUUGACAGCGUCAGGCAUCCGGCUCGACGCCGUCGUAGGCCACUCCUCCGGCGAGAUCGCAGCCACCUACGCCGCCGGUCUCAUCACACGUGAGGCCGCCGUGCAGAUCGCCUACUACCGCGGCUUCUACGCGCACCUAGCCCGCGCCGGCACAAAAGUUGGUGGCGGCAUGCUGGCUGUAGGUCUCUCGCUUCCAGCGGCCUCGGAACUGUGUCGUCAACCGGCGUUCGUCGGCCGGCUCGUUGUCGCCGCCAGUAACGCACCGCAGAGCUGCACGCUUUCCGGGGACCGGGACGCCGUGGCCGAGGCCAAAGAGCAACUUGAGCGGGACAACAUCUUUGCCCGUCUGUUAGUGGUCGAUACGGCUUAUCACUCGCAUCACAUGGCUGCGUGUGCCGACGCCUACCUGCAAGCCCUCCUAGCCUGCGAUAUUUCCGUCAAGCCAGGCAAAGGCAGAGGGCGAGGCGCAUGUGUGUGGAGCUCCAGUGUCCGGGGCGACGCCCGUCUUGUUCGACGUGGCGGCGAGGCGGAGCUGCUUUCUAAGCUCAAGGGUCCGUACUGGGUUGCCAAUAUGGUGCAGAUGGUCAAGUUCUCGCAGGCGCUUGAGUCGGCCGUAUGGCACGGCGGACGAUUUGACCUGGCUAUCGAAUUGGGGUCGCAUCCGGCGCUCAAGGGUCCUGUCGAGCAGACGCUCAAGGCCGCUUACGGUUCUGCGCCGCCGUAUGCCAGUCUCCUCAAGCGCAAGAUGAGCGACGUAGCUGUAGUUCAGGAGGCCGUUGGGUCAUCAUUGCUCGCGGACUUGCCUGGCUACGCGUGGGAUCAUGACCGGGUAUACUGGCGCGAAUCACGCAUCUCAGCGCGAUACCGCACACUCGCCGACACAGCACAUGAGCUGCUAGGUCGGCGGAUGCCUGACGACAACGAUCACGAACUGCGGUGGCGCAAUGUAUUACGCCUGAGUGAGAUUCCUUGGUUAAAAGGGCAUGAGAUCCUGCGCGAGGUCCUCUUACCCGGCGCCGCGUACGUAUCCAUCGCAGCCCAGGCGGCGCAAUACGUCGCCGGUUCUCGGCCUGUGGCUCAGCUAGCGGUAGAGGACGUCGACAUUCUGCGGCCGGUGGUUGUGCCUGAUAACACGGACGGCGUCGAGACGCUGUUCACUGUGCAAGUGCUGCCGGCGGCGGUAGAAGAUUUCGGUACGAAAAACAAGGCUGCACAGGUUGUGCGAGCCAAGUUUGCGUACUACGUGUGUCCGAACGAGGUGACCGGGGCCAUGAUGCACACCUGUAGCGGCAACUUAGUCAUCCAUAUCGGACCCGCCGAUUCCGGUUAUGGCCCCACUUCGGCGCCGAGUCUGGUAUUGCCACCCCGGGAGCCGAUCCCGGACAACGCCGUCCAUGUCGACGGCGAAGCGAUCCACGAAAUGUUCGGCCAGAUAGGACUCGAUUACCAUGACGCAUUUGCGGCUACGAAUAGUUGUGAGCGCGUCCUCGGCUAUGCGGCUGCCACGGCCAUGUGGCCCGCCAGUUCCAAGAUCGACAUCGAAGCCGAUGCUGCGUCGCUGGGUCCAAGCAGCAGCUCCUACGUGCUACAUCCAGUCAUGGGACUGACACUGCCCCCGCGCGAUCCUACCCAAGACGAGCGCACGCUACGGGUCAACGAGGCAACGGAGCGGCUGACUUUGUGGUACAUCCGACAAGUCGUAGCUCAAGUCGAGGUGCCGCCGCCCUCUUCCGAGAAGGCCAAAGAGGAGCAGGAAAUAGACGGUCUGCAAUGGCACCAUCGGCGCAUGCUCGAGGCAUUUGCCCACCAUCUCGAACUAGUCCACCAUGGCAAACACCCGCUCGUCCAGACAGCAUGGCUAACAGAUGGACCCGAGGAAAUUGCCGCACUAGACCGCGAACACGGCACCACAGUCGAGUUCCGUCUCAUGCGCGCCGUCGGCGGAGCGCUCGCCCGCGUCGUCCAAGGCGAGUCCCAUCUCCUGCUACAAGUAAUGCAGCAAGACGACCUCUUGAACCAGUUUUAUAUGCAAAACAACACCUCGGUGGCGACCAACCGCGCCGUCGGUCAGCUCAUGAAGCAAAUCGCCUUCAAGUUCCCGCGCUGCAACAUGCUGGAGAUCGGCGCCGGCACGGGCGGGACAACCUGGAGCGUCUUACACGCCGUCGACGACCUGUACGACUCCUACACCUUCACCGACGUUUCGCCCGCCUUCUUCUCCGCGGCGGCGGAGAAAUUUUCCGCCUUUGACCGCGUGGCGUACCGCACACUCGAUAUCGAGCAGGAUGUUGCCGUGCAGGGGUUCACGCCGUACAGCUACGACGUCGUCAUCGCGGCCAAUGUUCUCCACGCCACGCGGAGCCUCGCAGAUACACUCGCUCGCGCACGUAGCUUACUUCGCCCGGGCGGCUACCUCGUUCUCCUCGAGACCACGGGUACGCAGAGCAUGGUCGGCUUCCUCUUUGGCGGGUUGCCCGGCUGGUGGCAGAGCACGGAGCCGUCCCGCCGCUACGGCCCCACUGUGCCGGCGCUCGAGUGGCACCGUCUUCUCUGCCGGGCCGGAUUCUCGGGCGCCGAUACGGUGCUGCAUGACAGUCCCGACGAGAGCCGCCACGUCACGUCAUGCAUCGUCAGCCAGGCUGUUGAUGAGGACGUGCUUCGCCUCCGUAGUCCACUUGAUUUCGUUGCACCGACUGAUCUGCCUGCGCCUUCGUCGGCACCGUUGCUGCUUAUUGGGGGACAACGACUCGCCACUACCCGCGUCGUCGACCAGAUUACUCGAAUGCUGCCGACAGCGUGGCGGUCUCGUCUGUGUGUAAUUCCCAGCAUCGACGACAUUGACCUUGACGACGUCAGCCUCAACCGAGCCGACGUUCUGUGCCUGCAUGACGCUGAUCAGCCCCUAUUCGCGAACCUGCCCAUGUCGGAAACGCGUCUGCGUCGCCUCCGGCAUCUUUUCCUCUCCGCCGCGAGCCUGCUCUGGGUGACGGCAUCUGGCACCUCUGCAGCCCCCCGCGCGAGCAUGAUCCGCGGCAUCACGCGCGUGGUGCCCAAGGAGAUUCCCCAUCUCAGCGUGCAAGUUCUCGGGCUCGAGGCUGGCGCCGGUCCCGCGGUAGACGCCCGGCGCUGUGUCGAGGCGUUCCUGCGGCUACGGCACAUAGCUGAUCUCCGGGAUAGUGAGGGGCAGACUCCGCUUCCACUGUGGUCUGUUGAGCCCGAGUGCGAGGUUCUUGUUGACGGCGAGGUUCGGAUCCCGCGCGUGAUGCCUGCCACGGCGUUGAACGAGCGUUUUGCCGCGCGCAACCGGCCCAUUGUCAAGACUGUUGACGUAACCGACGUUGCGGUUCAGGCUGUUGCGAAUGUUAAUGGGAAGAUGGAGCUGCGGCGGUUUGUUGACCACAGCCAGGGGGCUGUGCAGAUGGACGUUGAAUAUGCUCUGCAUGUUCCGUCUCACCAUGAGGAAUCUUCGGUCUUCAUCGUCCAUGGGCGUCUUAAUGAGGACUGGGUCAUGGCAAUCAGCUCUUCUAAUGUGUCCAAGUUGUCACUACAGCCCAAGGACAUUGUCCGGGUCGGCUGCUCCUACACACCAGCAUCCAUUAAAGCCGUGGCUGACGCUCUUCUUCGCCGUGCCCUCAUUCACCGCGUGGUAGUCAACGCCGGUUUAACCGUCGGGUUACUACUCUUCGAGCCGCAAUAUAACAUGGCUGAGAAGCUCGAGAAAGAGCUGAAGGCAGAGCUGAAGGGUGUCAGUGUCGAGGUCCACUGCGUCACCUCCAAUUCUAAUCUGGAGAAGGUUCCUAGAGGCUGGAUUCGAGUCCACGCAAACAUGUCGCGUCGUAUGGCCAAGCAGUGUCUGCCCUCGAACCGUGUCGACUUCUUCGUAGACUGCUCGGAGACGUCAGAGCACGCUUACCAUCAAGCUUGGGGGCAUUUGAAGGAAUCUCUGCCGUUCAAUUGCCAGGCAUUCGCACUCGACGGCGAGCUUCUGCAGAGAUUCCUGCCACGGCAGUUGGAGAUACAGUCUGAGAGCCAGAACCAGGCCAUCGAGGCCUUGUUCGCGUCUGCAGGUGUCGCUGCCAACUCAACAGGAGAAGGCUGUGACAAGACGGCAACAACGAUCAUGGCUGCUGACCUCGCGGGUAUGAACGCAGCCUCUCUCUCCCGCCAACAAUACCUCUGCUCCUGGCACCAGCAAUAUUCCCUCCCCUUAACAAUCCAACCCCCUGAAACCGACAUCCAUCCGAACGGCCUCCUCCGCCCAGACCUAAACUACCUCAUCAUGGGCGGCUCCGGCGGCCUAGGCCUCUCCCUUACCCGCUGGAUGAUCCACCACGGCGCCCAACACAUGGUCAUCACAUCCCGCCGCGCCCAGCCCAACGCAGACCUUCAAACCGAGGCCCUCCACGCGGGGGCAAAAGUUCACACCCUCGCCUUGGACGUGACGCAGCGCGCAGAAGUCGAGACAGCAGUCGCAACCAUCCGCUCGACGAUGCCGCCCAUUACGGGCGUGUGUAACCUCUCCAUGGUCCUCCACGACGCCGUAUUUCUCGACAUGUCCCCGCAGCAGCUCAACGAGACGCUGGCGGCCAAGGUUGUUGGAACAGAGAACCUCGAUGCCGUAUUCCACGGCGGAAAGGGUGCUGAACAGCUGGACUUCUUCAUCGUCACGUCGUCGGCGGCGAGUACCAUCGGCAACGUCGCCCAAGCGAAUUACCACGCCGGUAACCUCUUCAUGAACGCCGUUGUCGCGGGCCGGCGCGCCAGGGGUUUGGCUGCGUCUGUGGUGCAUAUUGGGAGCAUUCGACUUACACCGCUAUCCGAGACAGAUGUGCAGGAUGCCUUUGCUAUGGCUGUGCGUGCGAGUCGGGUUGACUCCUCCCCCGGGUCCGGCUCUGAACUCGAGCACGACAUCACCAUGGGCCUUGCGCCGCCUACUGCGCCCAUGCAGGCCGGGCAGGUGAACAAGGCCGUGUGGACUUUGGAUCCCCGCCUCAUGGCUUUGAAACCGUACAGCGCGCUAUCAACCGAGUCGCAGCAGCAGCAAAAGGAUCAACACGGCUCCGGCGGCGCCGGCGUGCGUGAGCAAGUUGCUCGCGCCGAGACUGAGGACGGUGCCGUAGCGGCGGUGGCGGCGGCGUUCGGAGCCAAGCUCGAGACGAUGCUGCAGCUUCCCAAGGGCGCGGUACACGAGAGCAACGGCCUCGAGCGGCCGAUUGUUGAUCUGGGUAUCGACUCGUUGGUGGCGGUCGAAAUCCGGACGUGGUUCCUCAAAGAGCUUGAUACAGAGGUGCCGAUUGUCAAGAUCCUGGGUGGCGAGACGGUCUUGGAGGUCUCGGCGAAGGCGGCUAAGAAGAUGUUGGCAGAUCGCAAGGAGAUUCCUCCCAAGAGUGAGGAGAAAAAGGAGAUCAAGGCGGUUGAGAAAGUUGUCCAGGCCUCGAGCGAGGUUGUCAAACAGACUCCCGGCGCAACUCCAGUCCCUGUUGUUGUGACCCCUAUUUCUGUUGACUCCAACUUGGCCUCGACAGGGAAUAGUAGUAGUAGCAGCAGCAGCAGCAUCGUCGAGAACUCUGGAUCCGGCUCAGACACUCCCAAAACAGCCACCACAGACGACGAAGAAGAAGAAGGAGAGCACCCGGACCAACCCAAGGACGACCCCGACCUCAAAAAGAACGAUGUCCUCCUUCUAGACCCCGUCAUCGUCAGAGAAGCGCCCAUGUCUGCCGCCCAAUCCCGCUUCUGGUUCGUCCACAAGCACUCGGAUAACCCGGCCGCCUGCAAAAACGCAUUCUACUACCGGCUCCGAGGCCACAGCCGCGUGAAUCCGGCCUGGCUACGUCACGCCCUCCGGCUCGUCGCGGCCCGCCACGAGUGCCUCCGCACGUGCUAUUAUCCGCGCCUCGAAGACGGCCACCCGAUGCAAGGCAUCACGGCGCCGUCCGAGUCGGCUGUCCGCCUCACGCACACCGAGUACGAUGACCGCGGCGGCAUCGAUACGGCACUGCGGGAGACGCUCGAGGGCUUCAAGACGCGUGCGUGGGAUCUCGAGCGAGGAGAGACCAUGGAGGUUUCACUGCUAAGUAUCAAAAAUGGGCAACUGCAACAAGAAGAUGAUGAAACAGAGGAGUACGGAUACCUCGUGCUGGGAUACCACCACAUCACCCUAGACAGCUGGAGCGUAGCCCUCUUCUGGCGUGACGUCGACAGAGCAUACCGCAUGCAACCUCUCACUCCCAUCGGCCGUGGCCUCUCAUACGUCGAUUACUCGCUCCAUCAGCUCAGCGAAGAAGAAAAUGGCGCGCUGGACGAGGACCUCGCCUUCUGGCGCGCCGAGUUCGCCUCCUCGCUGCCCGACACGCUUCCCCUUUUACCCAUGGCCCGCGGUCUCGAUAGAUCGUCUCUGGUCCGACAACAGCAGCAGCGGAUCAGUGCUCAUAACCUAGACCAAGAGUUCAACCCAGCACAACUCGAAGCCGUGAAAUCUCUAAGCCAGCGCCUGCGCAUCAGCCCAUUCCACGUUCAUCUCGCCCUCCUCCAAGUCCUCCUCGCGCGCCUCACCGGCACAGAAGACAUAUGCAUCGGUGUAGUAGACGCCAACCGCCGCGACGAGCGCUUCGUCAACACGCUCGGAUGCUUCGUCAACAUGCUGCCCCUUCGCGCCACCGUGGCAGCGACCGCCGGUGCAACCGAAACCAGCCCCGACUUCGCCUCCAUAGCCCGCGCCGCCUCCCGCAAAGCAAUGUCCGUCUUCGCCCACGGAACACUCCCCCUAGACCGCAUCCUCUCGCUCGCCUCCGCCCCGCGCGCAACAGAAGCCCACCCCCUAUUCCAAGCCGCCAUCAUCUACCGCACAGCCGGCGGCGGCGGCAUCGACAUCUGGGACUUAACCCUCGGCUCCGACGACGCCCGCAUGGAACUAUCUUGGCACGGCGCCAAGGAGGCCGAGAACCCGUACGACGUGAGCCUUGGCUUCUUUGAGAUGCCCGGGGGCGGGUGUCUCGCGCAGAUAUGGUGCUCUGCUACGUUGUACGGACCAGAGGCGUGCCGGUCUCUUAUGGAUGUGUACCUGAGGUUGCUGGAGGCUGUUGCGCGUGAGCCGGAGGUGUCUGUGGACCGGUUGGCGUUGUACGAUGAUUCAGAUGCUCGUGUGCUUCGCGCGCUUGAGGUUGGCCGAGGUCCUGAGACCAAGUUUGACUGGGUUGAUACCGCGUCGUCUCUGUGUUUGUCUCGUCGUGUGCGGGAUAUGUGCCGUUUACAUCCUGAGCGUAUAGCCGUCACUGACGCCGUGGGAAGUUUGUCAUAUUCUCAAUUGGCAAACCAGACGAGCCGCCUGACACAUCGGCUGAAAGAGGCUGGUGCUCACGCCCGCCAUGUUGCCGUGCUAUGCGAGCCGUCGGUCGACGGUAUUGUCGCCAUGCUGGCUGUCCUCGAAGCCGGAGCCGUCUAUGUUCCCCUCGACGUUAGCUUACCUGCCUCACGCCACGCAGACAUGCUCCGUCUAUGCGAGCCCGCGCUCGUGCUUUUCCACACGCAGACGGAACAGCGUUUGAAUGCCUUGCUAGACGACGUCGUCGUGGGGGAGCAACAUGAGAAACCACGAGCCCUCCAGGUAGACGUGGACCAUCCCCAAGACGACUCCAACACUCACGGUGAUCUUGAUAACUCAAACAAGAUAUCACCAGCAUUCCUCCUCUUCACAAGCGGCUCAACUGGCACACCCAACGGCGUCCACCUGACCCAGCUCAACUUCGCAAACCACAUUGCACUCAAGACGCAGACCUUCUCGCUGGCCCACACCGACCGCGUCCUCCAACAGAGCUCCCUCGGCUUCGACAUGGCCCUCGUCCAGACCUUUUCCGCCCUCGCCAACGAGGCUUGUCUGGUGAUCGCACCCGCUGACAUCCGCCGCGACCCCGUUGCCAUUGCGGCCCUCCUGAGGCGCGAGGCCGUUUCCAUAACCAUCGCCACGCCGACCGAGUACCUCGCCUGGAUCCACGCCGCCGCUGACAGCCUCUCAGCAAGUACGGAGGCGACCGCGGAAAAGGGAGACGGCAGCAGCACCUGGCGGUUGGCCUUCUCCGGCGGCGAACAGAUCCCACCCCGUCUCAUAACCGAACUCGGUCGUCUCGGGAUCCCAGGUCUGCGGCUGACAAAUUGCUAUGGUCCAACAGAGAUCACAGCAGCCACAACCUUUCAACCCAUCCCUCUCGACAACGACGACCAAGCAUCAUCAACCUCCUGCGCAGCAUCCCCUAACGCACCCUCGGCCAUGUGGAGACCCUACGCCGUAGGCAAAGCCCUCCUGAACUAUACUGUCAUCAUCGUCGACCCCUUUUCCACCGCCACUAUCCCGCAGCCCCUACCCCUGGGGCAAACAGGCGAGAUCUGCAUCGGCGGCGCGGGCGUGGCGCUGGGAUACCUCAACAGACCAGACCUCACGCGCGCCCGCUUUCUAACGGAUGUCCCGGGAAUGAAGGAGGCCACGGUAUACCGCACAGGUGACAAAGGCCGCCUCCUCGCCGACGGAACGCUCCUCUGCCUCGGCCGACUCGACGGCAACACGCAGAUCAAGCUGCGCGGGCAGAGGGUUGAUCUGCAGGAGAUUGAGGCCGCCGUCCUCCAGGCUUCUGCGGGUGCUCUCGCGUCUGUCGUGGUAUCUCGGCGUCGUCUGGAUGGCGCUGGUGCUGGUGGCGUUGGUGAAGAUGACAUCCUCAUCGCCCACGCCACGCUCGCCGACGAUGUAGAUCCCACCACCUGGCAAGACGACAACAGCAUCUCCUCCUCUUCCUCGAUCCUCUCCCGCGUGAGAUUAUCACAAGCCUUCAUCCCCGCAGCAAUCUACACCCUCAAGACCUUACCCUCAACGCCAAACGGCAAACUAGACCGCAAAGCCAUCGCCCGUCUCCGUCUCCCUCUCCCGGGGAGAAAGGGGUCAAACCCCAAUCACACACUCGGAUCCGACACCAGCGCAACAAACACGGAAGAAACCCCUGGGCACAAUAAAGCAGGAGAAAAACUCACCGUCCGCCAGGGAGAACUCCGUCUCCUCUGGGAACGCGUUCUCCCUUCCCUAGGCUCCAAGCGCAUCGGCCCUUCGUCCGACUUCUUCCUCUGCGGCGGCAACUCGCUGCUGCUGAUGAAGCUCCAAAAGGCGAUCAAGGAGACGACUGGCGUGGAGAUCAGCACGAAGCGCAUGUACGAGGCCAUCACGCUGCGCGCCAUGACGCGAGCCGUCUUUGAGGAUUCUACGGCGGCGGCGGCGGAGGAGAACGCUCGUAUAGACUGGGAUGCCGAGACGGCUGUUCCGGGAUGGUUGCGGGAGGAGAUUGGGAAGAUUGAGACGACGACCACCAACGCCGCCGCUGCCGAUGCCAUCGCAGUGAAGAAGGGAAAGACGGAGUCUGGCAUCGAGGUCCUCCUCACAGGAGCAUCCUCAUUCCCGGGAAGCCACAUCCUCACGGCCCUCCUCCACCACCCAUCCAUCCGCAAAGUCCAUUGCAUCGCCGUCCCCUCCGACCACCACCACCAACCCAGUCCGUCUUCUCACUCUGCUUCCGUCGCCGAGGUGGUUUACUACACAGGCACCCUCCUCUCCAAGACCCUAGGCCUAACUCCAACCGAACGAAACCACCUCGCCCAGACCGUCCACAUCAUCGUCCACACAGCUGCUCACGGCCACUGCCUGAACCGCUUCGCAACCCUCCGCCGCCCAAACCUCGAGGCCUUACACUCUCUCGCCUCCCUCAAUCCCAAACCUCUACCUCUCAAGCCCGCGUACCCUCCUCCUAGCAGGCACAUCCGAGACCCCCAGACCUCCAUCUUCCCUCCGAGACUUCCCUCCACCGGCCGUGGACGGAUCGGACGGGUACACGGCGAAUCCUGCACCCUCGUCAGCCCCCAAGCACCCAACUCGGACGCAAUGAACGGCAUCCUCCGCUACUCCCUCGCCAUGCGCACCGUCCCGCGUCUCCGCCGCGCAGAAGGGUUCGUCGAUUUCGCGCCCCUCGACGACGUCGUGGGCCGAAUCGCCGCCGCCGCCGUCGAGUUGGCCGGCGUGCCCCCAAGUACUUCCACAUCAGCAGCAGAAGCCUCACCGCCAUCAUCGUCCAUCCACUUCCGCCACCACUCUGGCGGUAUCAAAACCCUCUUCUCGCAAUUCCGCGCACACAUGGAGACCGUCUACGGCGGCGCGUUUGACGAGGUGGAUAUGCAAGAGUGGCUCGUCCGCGCCGCGCGACAAGGUCUGGAUCCGCUUAUUACGGCGUACAUUGAGGCCUUGCUUGAGAGCGGGAUGCCAUUGGUGUCGCCAUACCUCGGAGCAGAGUAA